GUGAUGUGUAUGUCAGUGAUUUUCGAGAAGUAUAUUUACGAAAACAUUAAGUUUUAAGUGUAAAAUGAAUCUUGAAACUUAAUUUUAUAAGUUAAACAUAUCGUAAUUUCGUGAUUCAAUAAAACUAAAAAUGAUUUUAUAGUUAUACAACUGAGAUUUUGCAUGCCCUACAUUUUAAAAGUAACUUACAUUAUAUUUUUAAAGUUUUAAUUAACGAAAAUUUUAUGUGCGUGUUAUGGCGAAAGAUGCGUUCUUGGAACGGGAAUUUCAUACUGUUCCUAGGCAUAUUAUUCUGUGUAAGCGGGAACGAGAAUGAACUACAAACUACAAACGAACAUUCUUUGGAACUGACCCAGUCCUUGAACUUGGCGCGGCAAGAACUAAUACAGGAAGCAUGUCGUCGGUUCCCCUUGAAAUUAAGUCUCGAUGAUUUACCGCCAAGUCAACUCGAACAUAUACUUGUUGAUGAUGAGCACAAACUUCUUUAUUGCUACGUACCAAAGGUUGCGUGUACGAAUUGGAAACGUAUCCUUAUGAUACUGGCUGGAAAAUGGAACGGCACCGAUGUUUUGGCUAUACCAGCGAGCCUCGCUCACACGCCCGGAAUGUUCCGGAACUUGAGUACCGUGCCCAAGGAAGACAGACAGGUUAUGCUGGAUAAUUAUCACAAGAUGAUCAUAGUCAGGAAUCCUUUUGAACGAUUGUUGUCAGCGUACAGAAAUAAAUUGGAAGGCGAUACACAGAGCGCGAAGUAUUUUCAGGACAGAGUGGGCAAGAGGAUAAUACGAGCGUACCGUGAGAAUCCUACCAACGAGUCGCUGGAGCAUGGGCAUGACGUCACCUUCAAAGAAUUCGUAUUGUUCCUCACCAAUCAGUCGGAGGAGAUGGCUGAUGUGGUGAACAACGAACACUGGCAGCCCAUCACCAGCCUCUGUCAUCCAUGCCUUAUCAAGUACACCCUAGUAGGUAAAUACGAGACUCUACUGGACGAUUCGCUUCUCGCUUUAAACACUAUUAAUGCUUCCUACAUCCAGUUCCCCAGACUUGCCCACACGUCGGGCACAGCUGAAAAAUUGCACAAAUACUUCUCACAGCUCGACCUACCUCUUAUAAGACGUCUGUAUAAACUAUACAAGUAUGAUUAUAGAGUAUUUAACUAUGAUCUAGACAAUAUAGUCGGUUAUGAUCUUGGAUAAAGUUAUGUAGAGCUUUGAGAACUUGUGCUAUUUUUGACUAGCUUAACAGCUGCAUUGUGUACAAACACGUUGUGAUUUUUACACGAUUUCACGAGUACAUUUUUGUUGUAUUUUUAGUAAUAAUUUUAAGGUGCAUUUUCACUGUUGAAAUAUACAAUAAUAUUCCUCUCAUAUAAACAAAACCAGAGAUAACUUUAAACAUGUUCUGGUAGUGUUAACAUUAAGUAACCUUUAACAUGUUACAUCUAAAGAAAUAUCACAAAAUGUAUGAUAUGUACACAUAAUUGUUGUAUGAGUGAGAAAAAUCUAAGUAUUAUAAGAACAAAGAUAUUAAAUGUUAAAGAUUUUCCUUAUUUUUAAA